AUGCGCUGCAACAUAUUCCUCACCAUCCUGACGGCCAGCUCGCUGGCUGCAGCAACACUCGACCCCGCCACAUCAAACACCCAAGGGAAAUGCCCCGCCACAUACAACUGCUCUGCCACGAAAGUGUCCAAAGCCAUCCAAGCAGCGGAAUGCUCCCACAACACCCGCACAUCUUCCACCCAAACCUUCGCCGUCUUCGUCACAGAUCACCAAUAUGACAGCUCUCAUGGCGCUCCCUAUGGAACAUGUAGCGCGUAUACAUGUACUGCGCCCACGACUGCGCAAAUGACGGACGUUGAUACGGAUUGCUGGACCUUUUUCUGGAGCGGCACGGGCGCAUCAAGUGGAUAUGGAACGAAUUGUAUCGAGAGUCCGACGACGGGGGAGUGCGGAUGUGAGAAUUCGGAUGGGACGUUCGUUGCGGGGAGUAGCUCAUGCACUUAA